CACUGACAAAACAACUUUCAACGCUGGAAUCGCUGAAACAGAAAAUAGUACCUAAUAAAAAAGGACUUUUAUAUCUAAAAUUAUUAGCACCAAAUAAUUCAGCACCAUGGACAGCGUGAGAGCGGCGGUAUACCUGAGCGUUUGCCUGUCGUUGUUGAGCCUCUGCCGGGGUCAGAUGUCACUGGACAACAGACUGUCCGCACAAGAGGAGCAGUUCAUCAAAAGAGACCUGGCUGAGGCGCUCGAGGACCUUUUGGAUGGAGAUCAGGACAAUCGGAUAUCUGUGGAGAAAAAAGCUAGUGUCAUACCAAGGUGCGACGUGGGGGAGCGCUGCGCCAUGAAGCAUGGACCACGCAUCGGGCGACUGUGUGACUGUCUGCGAGGAACCGCCUGCAACACGUUCUUCUUGCGCUGCUACUGAUUGAGCUCGCGCGACUGUCUUCCCCCUCAGGCACUGUGCAAAAAACACCUCAUCUGUUUAACGGUUGUAUUCCAAGUGUGAAUUUACAUGGGUGAUUGAUGCUGUAAUAUUUGUAAUUUACAUAAAAGACAUCUUUAUGAUCACUCGCGCAUGUUGUUAAUAAAAUGUCUUUAAUGCUGUCUGUUUCUGCAUAUUGCCUAACUGAUACUUAUUUGAAACAAAUAGG